CUCCAGUGACGCCAGUUCUCCUCGUCGCCCCCUGCAGGCCUGCGGAAGGUGAUGGUGAGGGCCCACCGCCAGGCCUGGUGCUGGCAGGACGAGUGGUAUGGCCUGACGAUCGAGGACAUCCGCCAGCUGGAGCACGAGACGCAGUUGAUGCUGGCCCAGAAGAUGGCGCAGUUCAGCUGCAGCGAGGAGGGCGAGCAGAACGGGGCGGCUGCCUCCCCGGGAGACAAGGACCAGGAGGCCAAGGCCAUCUCUUCCAUCGAGGCCGAGGAGCCGCCCAGCGACAUGGCUGACUCCCUGCAGACCAGAGGCGGGCUGACCAAACAGUGGUCCACUUCUUCCAAGUCCUCCCGCUCGUCCAAGAGAGGAGGGAGCCCCUCUCGUCACAGCAUAUCAGAGUGGAGGAUGCAGAGCAUCGCGCGGGACUCGGAGGACAGCUCGGACGACGAGUUCUUCGACGCACACGAGGACCUGUCAGACAACGAGGAGAUCUUUUCAAAAGAGAUCACCAAGUGGAGUUCCAAUGACCUGAUGGAUAAGAUAGAGAACACAGACACAGAUGAGGUCCAGGGAGAUCUUUACCAGGACACCUCAGUGUGCUACAAUGUCACUUCAAGUGUGGAAAGACUCAGCAUGAUUGAGAUUCAAACCUCUGUUAAAGGUACCAACGAUAGUUCUGCCCUCCCUACCAUUACAGUGACAAGAGUGACGGCAGACGGCUCCACCCAGCAGUCCCAGCAGCCCAGCAAGAUCCACGUCCUCAUCCUGGUCCUGCACGGGGGGAACAUCCUGGACACCGGCGGCGGAGACCAGAGCAGCAAGCAGGGCGACGUCAACACCAUCACCACGGCCUUCGAGACGGUGAUGCGGGUGCACUACCCGGCGGCUCUCGGCCGCAUCGCCAUCCGCCUGGUGCCCUGCCCCGCCAUCUGCACCGAGGCCUUCUCUCUGGUGUCCAACCUGAGUCCCUACAGCUAUGACGAGGGAUGUCUGUCCAACAGCCAGGACCAUAUUCCGCUAGCUGCCCUGCCCCUGCUGGCCACUUCCUCCCCACAGUACCAGGAGGCGGUGGCCACGGUGAUCGUCCGGGCCAACCAGGUGUACGGUGACUUCAUCAAAUCGCAGGAGGGAGUCUCCUUCACUGGGCAGGUGUGUCUGAUAGGAGACUGCGUGGGUGGCAUUCUGGGAUUUGACGCUCUGUGCAACAGCAACCAGACAGUGUCAGAGAGCCAGAACAGCAGCAGGAGAGGCAGCGUGGUGAGUGUCCAGGACAACGACCUGCUGUCCCCGGGAAUCAUCGUGAACAACAGCUACUGCUCCGGCAGCUCCAACCUCGAGGGCAGCCGGCACCUGAGCCGCAGCAACAUCGACAUCCCCCGCAGCGGUGCCGACGACCCCAAGAAACAGCUGCCCCGCAAGAGGAGCGACUCCUCCACCUACGAGCUGGACACCAUCAAACAGCACCAGGCCUUCUUGUCCAGCCUGCACUCCAGCGUCCUGCGAAACGAUCCCAGCUCCCGCAGAUCCAGCAGCUCCACAAUGCUGGACGGAGGUUCCCUCGGGAAGUUUGAAUUUGAGGUGUCCGACUUUUUUCUUUUCGGCUCCCCGCUGGGCCUCGUGUUGGCGCUGAGGAAAACCGUCAUCCCCGCUCUGGACGUGGCUCAGUUGCGACCGGCGUGUCAGCAGGUGUACAACCUGUUCCACCCCGCUGACCCCUCGGCCUCCCGCCUGGAGCCCCUCCUGGAGAAGAAGUUCCACCUCCUGCCUCCCUUCAAUGUUCCUCGGUACCAGCGGUUCCCCCUGGGAGAUGGCAACUCCACACUCCUGGUCGAGACAGUCCAGAGCAAUCCCAUUAUCCUCAUGGAGAGCAGCGGCUCAUUGGCUGCUCUCCGCUCCCAGGAGGGCAUCAACGAGACCAGUAUACCAGUCCCGGUUCUAAACUGGCAGGACGGCUCCAUAAAAAAUCCAGCUGCCACGGAGUCAGAUGUUGUUCAGUCUCAUGGUGCUGUCUUCGUGGACCCUUCGUCCCCCUCCUCCCCCAUUACAGCCCCUCACUGCCGGGGCCUGCGGAGAGCCAGUGAGGUCAGCAUUGCCAGCCAGGUCUCAGGAAUGGCAGACAGUUACACUGCCUCCAACAUAGCCAACACACAAGCAUGCCAACUUAACCAUUCCAAAAAACUAAGCCUUUUAUCCCAACUCGCUCUCCCCUACAAUAAGUCCUUUCUAAGAAGCCCUUCUCCCAAGUCCCGUAGAAAGUCACAGGCAGACAGAGGCAGAGGCCCCGACUGCUCGAAUCACGUAGAGAAGAGCAGUUCCUUGGGGCCUGUCCGCAGUCCCGGCACCAUUUCGCUGAUCCCGCCACUGGAUAUUGAGCAAGUUGCGGCGCGCUGGUGGGGAACAAAGAGGAUUGAUUUGGCCCUGUACUGCCCGGACGCGCUGACUGCGUUCCCCACUGUAGCACUGCCACACCUCUUCCACGCCAGCUACUGGGAGUCCACAGACGUGGUGUCCUUUCUGCUCAGACAGGUGAUGAGGCAUGAGAACUCCAGUAUCCUGGAACUGGACGGGAAGGAGGUGUCAGUGUUCAGCCCCUCCAAACCUCGAGAGAAGUGGCUGAGGAAGAGGACUCACGUUAAAAUCAGGAACGUGACGGCGAAUCACCGAGUGAACGACGCAGUAUUCACAGAGGACGGGCAGCAGGUGGUGACCGGCAGGUUCAUGUACGGCCCCCUGGAUAUGGUCACGCUCACUGGGGAGAAGGUGGACAUUCACAUCAUGACUCAGCCCCCGACUGGGGAGUGGGUCUACUUCGACACCGAGCUGACGAACAGCAGCGGCCGCAUCUCCUACGUCAUCCCAGAGAGCAAGCGCCUGGGCAUUGGCGUGUACCCCAUCAAAAUGGUGGUCAGGGGCGACCAUACAUACGCGGACAGCUAUCUGACUGUCCUGCCCAAAGGGACGGAGUUUGUGGUGUUCAGCAUCGAUGGCUCCUUCGCCGCCAGCGUCUCCAUCAUGGGCAGCGACCCCAAAGUCAGGGCAGGAGCCGUGGAUGUUGUCAGGCACUGGCAGGAUCUGGGCUACCUGAUCAUCUACGUGACGGGGCGGCCCGACAUGCAGAAGCAGAGAGUGGUGGCCUGGCUGUCGCAGCACAACUUCCCCCAUGGCAUCGUGUCCUUCUGUGACGGGCUGGUCCACGACCCCCUGCGCCACAAGGCCAACUUCCUCAAGUCACUCAUCACCGAGUCUUAUAUGAAGAUCUAUGCUGCAUAUGGAUCCACAAAGGAUAUUUCGGUGUACACAUCCAUUGGAUUGUCGCCUUCUCAGAUUUACAUUGUUGGCCGACCCACCAAAAAGAUGCAGCAUCAGUGUCAGUUCAUCACGGACGGCUACGCCACCCACCUGUCCCAGCUGGAGUACAGCCACCGCUCCCGCCCCGCCAAGACCAGCACGCGCAUGGUGCUGCGCAAGGGCAGCUUCGGGCUGGGCGGCAACACCGACUUCCUGAGGAAGCGCAACCACCUGCUGCGCACCAUCUCCUCCCAGCCCGGCGGCGCCCCCGCCCCCGCCCACGCCAAGCCCGAGCGGACGCAGAGCCAGUCCGACAGCGAGAGGGAGCGGGAGCGCAUCGAGCGCAGCCAAAGAAGCAUGAGCAUCGCGGCGGGGUGCUGGGGCCGGAGCAGCAGCACCAAACUGGAAGCCGGAGCGCUGGGUCAGAAAUAGGCCGAGCAGGGAGAGGACUUUCGGCGGCCUAGGGACUCGGGACGGGAGCAAAGGGGGGGGAGGGAGAGCGAGGAGCAGGACUUGGCAAGUCAGUUUCGGGGGACACAUCCGGGAGGGUGGGGGGAAGGAGCAGAAGCAAAUAUGGUGCUACAGUUUUUUUUAAAAAAAACAGGAACAGCAUCAACAAAGGAAAGGCGUCGAGGAUGCAGAGAAGUUGUGCUUUGAGCAUCACAAAAAAAAAAAUGCAGGCCUUAAACCAGUGCUCGGUGUUCCUGUGAGGAACAUUAGCUCUCGUGACUUAAAAUGGGGGGAAAAAAGAACCACUGGACGGAAGAGUAUGCUUUUGGAUGAAAUGUCAUUUGAUCAGGAAUGUGCUAAGUUCUGCAUCUUUUCUUAUCCAGGUUUCUGAGAGACUCUUUACAUGUAAAUACGUGCCUCCUUCACCUUCGCAGUAUGUUAAGAAAGGUCAGUUUGGGGUGUUGUUUGUGUGCAGCCGUGUGGAUCUUUUCUGAUGGUUACUUGAAAUUCAGUGCGGGAGAAUUCACUUGUAUACAUAUUAAAGACCAGUGGUGCUUCUUUAGAAUCUUGCUGUAGAGUAGUACUAGGCAAUAAUGAAUCUCUCAAUGCAUAUGUUACAGAUCUACAGAACACAUUUUUUAGCACGGCCUGCAGGUCACCAGAGGCCUUAUCCAACACAUUUCCUUCCUGUGUGAGAUCAAAAAAUGGUUUACACUAACAAUAUUAAAAAAUAAAGCAGGAGUGGUGUGCAAAGCAAGAUCUUUAUUGUAUUAAGAAAAGUAACUCCUUUCACUUUUUUCAAAAAUAACUCAGUUUUGGAGAAUAUCUUUAUCUCUGGAAACUGCUUGCAAUACCUCUAGUAGUGUGUCCUUCAGUCUCUGCAAGAGUCUGUUUCACACUUGCAUUGACCCUUUAAACCCCACUGAAGCACACCAAUCCUCAUUUGCCUGGAGUGCAGAAGCAGUUUGGAAGAGAUCACUUUCUUAGGCGUCUGAUUCAAGAAAGAUUGUUUUAGAAAUAGCUAGGAUUAAAACUGAACAUUGCUCGUCAAAUAGACUGUUCCACAAUAUUCUGGAAUGAUUUAGUCUGAACAUAGCUGAAACUAUGAUGGUCUGGGCAAAUGUGAAAAAAAUGACUACUGUUUCUUAUCAGAAGGGGCUUUAAUGAUGCAAAACAAGUUCCAUAACAUUUUGUCUUUUCGAAGGAACUCUGAAAAUUUAAGAGCUUCUGACAGGCUAUGUUACUGUAGAUCUUCUUGUGCAACGUACACUUGCACAGCAUAAAUUCCACUUUUCAUCUUUUAGUAAAGGAGAACAUUUAAUUGCAUGCAUGCCUUAGACAUGCAGAGGAAGUGGCGAGCUUUGGUAAAAUCAGUGCAUUUAGGGAGGGCUAACUGGUUCGAGGUUUGCCUGACUGGCAGAGGUGAUCAUGCGGGUUUUAAAUGAAUCACUCUGCAGGAAAGCACACCUGGGCUUCACCUUGACCUUCAUAAAAGAUCCAUACCUCUCCACAGCUCCACUCACACCUCCACAUUCUCUAGCGGAAUGUCCUGGGGGCAAACUGUAUCAGCAGUCACUCAAAAUCAACAAAACAGCCAAAUCUUUUUUAAAGCUGUAGUAGCUCAACUGUAUAACCUCAUUGUUUUUGCACUAACUUUAGAAUGGAGAUCUUGUUACCAUCUCAUGUGGCUACAUGUUGUUAUCUGUAGUGCAUGAUAGCUAUUAUUUAUUGCCUAUCCCGGAUGUGUGUGUGCGUGCGUGUAUACUUUCUUAACUUUCAGGAUAUAAAAAAAAAAGUUAACGUGCCAAAAAGGCAGUACAUGUGAGUGAUUAAGCAUGGAAGGGGCCAUAUCCAAGCUUUCCAUUAUAUUACAGCCGGUCCAGAGCUCUGGACUUCUAUUUUUCAUUAUAGUUACGUGAUUUAGUUCUACAGAUAUUUUACAAAUGGAUUAACUAUAAUCCAAUCUGUUAAUAAAUUCUGGGAUCAGAUUUCCCCCCAGAAUUGAAAUUAUGAUCUCAUAUAAAUCUUGUCAUCUAUAUGAAAUGUGCAGACAUGUCAGGGGUGUUUUAUUAUUAACAGUUAGCAAUUGUGUGAGUAUUUUGGAACUGUGAUUUUUUUUUUACAAUGAAGUUACAAGACAAAUUCCAGUAUAAUUUUGUGCUUUAAAAGUUAGAAUGAUUUGCCUUGUACAGUAUUAUAUUUUUGUUACAAUCUGUGAUAUUGCAAAACACUGGAAUUGGUAAUAAUGUGUUCUUUCUGAACAUGUGUGGCAUUAUAUUAUGACAGUAAGUAUUCUGGAAAAUUUAGAUAUGGCCUAAAACCAAACCAUAACUGUAGAAGGCAACUGAAUAUGAGCAUAGGCGGAUGGUAAAUAACAAAAUUGCAAGCUCUUUGAAAACUAAAUGUGUAGAUAGUGUAAAGAUUCUGUAAAUGUUAUGAAAAGUAGGUCUAUACAGUCGAAAGUUAUUUAUUUAUGUAGAUAUAAAAGGUGAUGGAUCCUUCAGGUUUUAUUAUAUUUAAAAAUGUAGCCUUUUCUGUUUCAGAUGUAUAGAAGUUAUUUUAAUGGACCAAGAAUAAUGUAUCUUGUCAGUGUGUAUAAGUGCAAUAUUAUCACUCUUCAUAGCUGAGAAACAGAAGAAGAACGUCAUGUGCAUUGACAAUCAGUGUACCAUGUGUACUGGGUCUACACUCACUGGCCAGAAUAUUAGGAACACCCACCUCCCGGAUAACAUAUUUAGCCUCUGCAUGUAGCAAUACUACAGCACCACUGCUGACCUGCGAUCUAAAGAGACCUUGUCACACACCUCAGAAGGUCUGCUGCUCCAUCACAGCCCAUUCUUCAUGCAGGCCUGUCUCCAAGCACUUGAGUUGUGUCAAGAGCCAUUGGCAGUGCGAAUGAAUGGCAGGAAGGUGAUAGCAGUCUGUCUCACGCUUUACAAGUUAAUCAUGCAUUGUCUAAUGCCGAGGGAGUCUGUUCAUUCCUCAUAUUUUGGGUAGUGAGUGUGUAACCCCUUUGAUAAACCCAUAGCACCAUAUACAGUAAUAGCCUUUUUCAGUUACCAAUAAGUAGUACUAUAGCAUACACACAAUAAAACUGUACCCUUUAUUACAAGUAGAUAAAAUAGCAUCUUAUCCGUUAAGUCAGAAUCCAACAGUGAAUAGAUCUAUACAUCUGUGAAUAGACAUGCUAAGUGAUGGGUGAGCUUGUUUGGGAGCCAAGCAAUAUCUACAUGUUUUCCUAAAAGUUGUUUAAAAGAAGAACCAAUAGUACUUUUGUGAAAAAGAAAUGACUUAUCCUGCAUAUUCAUAAGUGCAGUAAGGGGGUUUUACCUUGUGGGGGGUGACUUUUUGUACCAUGUAGCUUCGAUCUACACAGCAAAGAGAGGCCUGUUUCUGGCUUUAUCUUCAGGAAAUCACCCCCUGGAGAGGGUGGGGAUGGUGUAAAGUGGUUGCCAACAGCCAUCAGAAUGGAGCCAACAGAUCUUGCUGCCAAACUAUUGACGGGUAAAUAUAGUACCAAGGGCAGUCUACAAUGUGCAGGAGUAUUUUAGUCAUUGUUGGUAAACUAGGGCACAAAAUUCACCAAAUGGGUGAGCACACGCUGAAAUUACUUUAUGCUAAUUUAUCUUGGUUAUCUACACAGAUCAUUAAUGCCACGUUUCCUUUUGUGUCAUCUCAUUUCGAAUUUGAGCUCAAAUGCUCUGAGCCUUUUUCUCGGCUCGCCGUUUUAAUUUUUGUCCCCAUCAGAUCACUGAAAAGCAGAAGCCACUCCACUCACAGCACAGGAGACCGAGAGCUGUCUCUUUGGCACAGCACACACAGCAGGAAGCAUGUUAGCCUGCCACAGCACUGGGCUCUGCCCUGGACAUCGUCCAGGGCUCACUGGUGUGCCAUUGUUUGAAACUUCCCGGGAUCAGAUUGUAUGAGAAACUCACAAUCGACUUUGCUGCAAAAACCCUGAAGCGUUCAGCAUGGAUUCUGCCUAUGUGGUUCAGUGGGACCUGUAAGAACUUUCUUCUGAAAUACAGUGUGGGGAUGCACUGCAACAAACAUACAAAAAAAUGCUCUUGGUCAAGUUGCCUUAGGAGACUUUACUAUGCCUGUACCAGAGAUGGCAUAAGAUAUUGCAGACUGCAGAAAGUAUUAAAUAGGCAAGUCACAGAGGACCCUAGAUAUGUUCUGCAGUAGGCCAGCAGAAGCAGAUUUUUCCCUUUGCUGUUCUUAAUCUGAAAAGAAGCCGGCAAAGCAGGACAAACAUACUUACUGAGCGUUUCGCGUCUUUCAGAUAUCCUGGGCGAAGAUGUUUUGAAAUAUUUACUACUGUCCCUUUACUACUAAAACAUUUUAUAAUAAGAAAAAAUAUUUUUAAAGGUUUAUAUUUUACUAGGUCUAUAGUCUUGCAAAUAUUACAGACCUUUUUUUUUUUCCAUUUAAUUCAGUCCGAUCGAAUUAAUCGUAUGUACAGGGUCCUGAUAGAUAAUACACCACAUGGUCACCAUCAGCAGGGGAAAGCAGUUUUGUCCACAUUGUGAAUCUGUACUAAUCACUGAAGUUCACACCACACCACCAGAUAUAGAAGAAUUUUUUGUUAUUUGACUUGAUAUAGCUCACAAAAAAAGCGGUGUCCAUUUUAUGCUGUAAACAGUACUUCUUAACCAGCAGGUUUCCUGAGUGGUAAGUACUCCGUUCCAAUUAUUGUUCAAUAUCAAUAGCUCUACUAGUUAGCUUUGCUGCAGUAAAUCAGAAGCCUUAUGUUUCCUUUCAUUGUUUUAUCUCCAUGAAUAUAUUGAUGAAUUUAACGGAAACUUUUGUAUGUUUAUUAUAUUUUAUUUAUAUGGAAUUGUCAAAUAUGGGCGUAGGUGAACACAAUAAAAAUACUUAAGAUUUUCCUAGAUAUGAAGGAUGACUGCAUACCAAUUAUAACAUCAACACUGAGAAAUAAAUGUUUCCAAAUUCAAUCUGCUGCUUAACAGUUUUUUUUUAUUUUACUGUAUUAAUUUCAAAAUAAGUGUGUUAAGAUAAUGUUUUAAUCUACUGUGUAACACUUCACACCUGCAUAUUUCUUCUUUCCUGGCUGUUAGUGCAAUGUUCUAAUGCCUGGGUGUGCUUUGUGUACAGUAUCAUUGUAUGUAAUGUGGAUUAAAAAAAAUUGGACAGCUAUUUUAUUCUUUACUUGUGUUCUAUGUACAGUGUAUAAAUAAAUAUUAAAAGGUUAAAAUGAUUCACACAUCA